UCAUUCAUUCUCAUUCACAACACAUAGUAUCGGGAGGUUGCCACUCAGUCUUAGAACUUAAAGUGGCGAUAAGAGUUGCUUCUAAUUUUAAGGAAAUUGAUAUUUUUUGUGAUAAAAAUGAAAGACAUGCUCAGGCCAAUAGUGUUGUUAUCGCUAAUUUUGGUGCACUUUUCCGGUGCGACCCUAUCGCCUUCGGACGUCAAGGGAAAAGGUAAGAAAGUGAAAGAGCUGAAAGUUAAACAGGGACCCCAAUCAUCGAGUGUUUUCGAUCGGGGGCUGAUUCAGGAGGAACCAUCCGCCAAGGACAUCCUGGUCGAGAGUGGUGCAUACUAUGAAGAGACAGCGCUGAAGAACUUCAAAGGCACGGUGCUGGGAUACGUCACGCCGUGGAACAAUCACGGAUAUGACGUGGCAAAAAUUUGGGGAGCGAAAUUCAACUAUGUUUCUCCGGUGUGGUUGCAAGUUUUGCGCAAGGGUCCAAAGCAGUAUGAACUUGGAGGAGCACACGAUAUCGAUGCCGGAUGGGUGAAGGACGUGAAGAAAGCAGGGGAAGCGAUCAACACCAAAGUCGUGCCCCGUGUCCUUUUCGACAAAUUCACCGACACGGAUUUCUCCCAGCUGCUAACCUACAGCGAGGAACGAACAAUCGCCGCCAAGCUGAUUCUACACUCCGUGCGGAAGUACAAAUUCGACGGUAUAGUGCUGGAAGUGUGGUCCCAGCUUUCAGCGCGGGUCGAAGACGAAUAUCUCGUCGGAUUGGUCCGGGAAAUCUGCGAAACCCUUACCAACGCCAAUUUGGAUUGCAUCCUGGUUAUUCCGCCGGUUCGCAAGGAAACGUAUGACCUUUUCUCGCGGCGGCAUUUUGAAACGUUGGCUCCGGUCGUGACGGCUUUUUCGUUGAUGACCUAUGACUACUCGAGCAUUCAGCGUCCAGGGGCAUGUGCUCCGCUGUAUUGGGUGAAAAACGCUGUGCAGCACAUCUGUCCGGAUAGGGCGGAGAACGUGAAGGAGAAUCGAGCCAAGAUAUUGCUAGGGUUGAAUCUCUAUGGCAGCGAUUACACGCCGAAUGGUGGACAACCGAUUGUAAGCCACGAGUAUUUGGGACUGCUCAAGCACUUGAAGGGUCAUCUGACGUACGAUGACCACGACGUGGAAAACUUCUUUGAAGUGAAAACAUCCAACGGUCGCCAUAUGGUGUUCUACCCGACGUUGUUUUCCAUCAAUGAGCGACUAAAGUUGGCCAGAGAUCUCGGCACUGGAAUUUCUUUGUGGGAGCUGGGGCAAGGAUUGGAUUAUUUCUACGAUCUUUUCUAGUCGAAUUUCACAAAUUAUUAUUAAGUAACACACUAUCGUCACAAAUAUAUAAGAGUUUCGAAAAAUAUCGUUUAUUUGGAAAUACUUUAAAUUUUAAAGUAGUUACAAUUUUGUCUUACCCGCUAAAAACAGUAAAUAAUAUUGUAGGCAUUUUUAUGUUAUGUAAUUUUCCGGAAGGUAUGAACAAUGAUCAUGUUUAGAGUAUAGGAUAAAAGCAAAAUUUUGAAAAUAUAAAAUAUAAACAAGUGUUACCUUUUAUAAAAGCACUUCGUUUGUAGACAAUUUUAUUUUAUAUUUUUGUUUGAAAUUCCUGUUCAUACUUUCUGGAGCACGCUUCAAAAUUAAAAUUGCAUUUUUUCGUAUGAAGAAAAGAAUCUUUUCUGAAUUGUUUAUUAUAAAUAGUUUUAUAUAAAAAAAAUCAAAAUAAAAUUUUGAGCAUCUUCGUCAACGUCAGAGGCGAAAAAUUCCGUAAUCGUUAAA